AGUAGCCGUUUCUCUAGUCUUCGGUCGUGUCGACUGUCGAAAAGGCCACACAAUAUUAGUUGAUUUUUUAACUCAAGCCAGUACAGACUGCUCGCUCGCUUUUGUAGUUCUGUGUUCGACGACGACUACGACGAAAAACACCGCGCGCGUCGAGACGAGAGAAAAAUGAUUUAACUAGUCGCCGCGCCCUUGCUUUUAAAAAUACACCUAGAUUUAUACUCACUUAUACUUUUACCUGUUGUUCCUUCGCGUUGAAAAUAUUUCUCCCAAAAUUUUUCUCACCCUUAUAUUUUUCCUUAAAACUCGUAAUUCUCUCGUCCAAAUGGUGGAUAUCAUUUUAUGCUUCUUGUUCUUAUUUUUCUACUCUCACGCGUUAGUUUUCUUAUUUUAUUUUUGGUAAAUUUCCCCCCUCGUAUUUUGCUGCUUUCGCGUGUGUAAUUUAUAAUUAUACGUGUUCGAAAAUGCGCCUUUGUCGUCGGCUUUUAAUCUAAAUUGUUACGGUUGUGAUUGUUGUUGUGCUACGUUUACGUUGCGGAAAUUCGUACACAUAUCGUAGGCUAUACCUUGUAUUUACGUCAGCAGUGUGAACCAUUUAUAGCACCUAUAUAUAAGGACACGUGUCGACUCGUGUAAAUAUAGUCUCACAGCAGACUUUUCUCGAGUGUGUGCCUCUUAAAACCUACGCGGUACAAAUGACUGAAUACUUCGAUAAUUGUGUACUCGUUCGUCGUAUCGCGAUUCUAUCGUCCCACGUUUUGAAUGGCAUGUUUCGGUGGAUCGAACAAGGUGCAUAGUAUAUAAUUUGUACACGAUGACUUGAAAAAUAAAAAAGACGAUUGAAAUCAGAAUGCCAGACGUUGUGCUGAGGGUAUCAUUCCACCGUCUUCCCUCGAUUCACGAGCACCAAUAUGACCAGCGCAAGCGUCCAAGCUGCGGUUUACGUGAGAGAGAAGCAGAGGUUGCGUCAAAAAAGGACUUUUUCCAAGACUCGAUACGGCGAUCUGCCAAGCCAUGUGGCUACUAGAGAUAUCGCCCCGUUUCCUAUGUACCCCCCGACGACGUGGGGGAAAUCUUCGGUAGUAUGGUUCGAUCGAGAAAAACGAGGUGCAUUGUCUCCGGGCAGCGAAAUAGUUCCUCCUCUACUCUCUCAACAUUCGCAAGGCAAACUGAGAAUUUCGGAUGCUCAUCGAAAAUGGGCGAAAAGAAACAAAAUCCACGAAAACUCAUUGGGUAUGGCCAGUUCAGAAGAUCUACGAGGCGGUCUACAUCGUCAAUACGACGCUGCUGCCAAUAUGCUCUUGUACGUCGGACUAUGCGCCGUAGCCUUAGGAUUAGUAAUCGCAUUCGUCGGUACGGGCGAAAAAGGCUUCAAAACCGUUCAACUUCGAAUGAUCGGACCUACGAUGAUAGGAUGCGGUACGUUUUGUUGUUUUUUACGAAUCCUGUUCUGUUUCUGUCCGACAAAAUGCAUGCGAAAACGUUUCAAACACCGGCAUAAAAACAAAACGGUGACUUCUUUAUUAUCGGAUGCUGCCCAAUUGAACAGGCAAGCUUACCUAGCCAGCGAUAAAGCUCACCUAGAGUACUAUAAACAUUUACCGUUCCGGUCGCAGAACUUCCUUUUAUUCGAACAAACCCAGCAGCAACAAGCCUCUUUGCUGAAAGAGAACAAGAAAAGGGUCUCGAUUGCGGCUAGACCUCACGAAAGACGAAUCGGUAAUAACGAUGUGCCUGAUUUUAUAAUCGAUGACGCUGCCAGCGAUACGUUGUCUACGUUGAGGGAACUGUCGCCUUUACACGAAGAAGAUCUGAUUGAUUUUCAACAGUCUUCGAAUAGUUUCGAGAAUUUGCCCAGUUUGGAUAGCAGUGUCGAGUACUUGAAUGAGAAAUUGAACGAAGAACCUGCCGGAAAUGCUGCCAGUGGAGGACAGAAUGCUGGUCCUUCUCAGAGUUUUAUUACCGAAGAACAACUGAAUAGGUUGAAGUCGACGUUGACUUUUAGAGAUUCGGUUGAUUUCGCUGAUAGUCGUUUGAUGAUAUCUUACGACGAAUUCGAUUUACAAGAUGAGCUGAAAUUUGCUCCUCAAGAUGGUAAAAAGGAUGAAGGUGUGGUUCAAAGUAUCGCUGAUAAACCGACCAGGUCAGCGGAGGAACAUUUACUAGAUAGUUCUAAUCAAGAGUUGGUAUUGAGUGUUGGUACUUUGCAGAAACAUUAAUUGAACUCUGUAGUUACCUAUUUUUUCAUUAUUUUGUUUCGGUAAUGAUGAAAUGAAAUCAACGAAGGGUUACUUUGGUUACUUUGGGGUUCUAUUAAAAUGUACGAUGGACUUAUCUUAUUCCAUAUUGUACCUAAUUACCAAAUACCAAUGCAUGUAACUAUAUUAUUAACUUGGAAUAUUCUAUAUUAAACGACCAAUUGUUUUUAUUUUUUAUUCCUAUCUCUAAACCGUACGAAUAAUGUGUACUAACGAUAGAUACUCGUAUUUUCCAUUCUUAUAAAGUGGAUCUUUACUCCUCUUUUUAAAAUGCUUCAGAUAUGGAGAAUUUACGAAACUAUUUUAUAUUGUUUAUGUUUUUGCAACGUUGUUAAAUAUACAUAUUAAUGUACAGAUAUCUUGUUGAUGUUACCUUCGGUAAUAAUUUAUUCUAAAUCUUGCUUUCGUUAUUAUUUUAGUUUAGAUUACCUACUGAAUUUAUCAUUUGUUGUAGUUUAGUGAUUGAAGUUUCUAAUUGUUUUACAGUAUCAUCAGUCGAAUAGAUACUUACUUACCAAAUACCAUUUUAAUUUAAAUGAACUUACCAAAUAUUAAUUUGUGCAUUCGUAUUUUAUAUUUGUAUUAUUACCAAACUAAAUUCUAUGUAACUUAUGUAAAAUUGUAGCAAACUCUUAUACAAAAAAAUAGAGUUUUCAUUUUUGUGUUUCA